ACAGUUAACAACGUUCGGCGAUAAAAAAUUUGUGCGGCUUUUAUUUGGGCAAAAAAAAAAACAGAAAAAAAAAUUACAAAUCUCAUCCCCGGUUUUCCAGUUUCGAUUUUUUGUUUCCUACCCACCAAUUUACAAAAUUUUCGCUAUAUUUUUGACAGUUCCAUUUCGCUGAAGAUGUCGAACUCGUACUCCUACUGGAAUGGCCAGCCCGUGAAUGCACCCGUCUAUCCGCAGAUGGGCGACCUGAUGCAGUCCUCGGGCGCCGGAGGAUCUGGAGCGGCACCUGGCGCGGGAUCAGGCGGAUGGCCUGGUCAGGGAGCAGCUCCGGCCCCGUCUCUUGGUCAAUUUGCCGCCGGAGGAGCCGGAUCUGGAACUGGCGGAGUCGGUGUCCAGCGGGGCAUGUCCAUGCCAGGUGCCCAGCAGCAGCAGCAGCAGCAGCAGCAGAUGGGCAUGGGCGACUAUGGGAACAUGAGCUCGCCGCUCACCUGCAACCUGCCCACCAACUUCUUCGGCCAGGGAUCCGCCCAAUUCGAGCCCUGCAUCGACAACGGCGAGGCCUUCUGCGCCUACAACGGCAUGGACAUGAGCAUGAACUACGGCGGAGGCAGUGCAUCCAAGGGCGGCUUCUGGUAGGGCCACACUGACCCACCCGAGCCCCAAUACACAGCAGCAGCAGCACCACCACGAGAAUUUAUGGGAACAUAAGGAUUACAAGGAAUGCAAGGAACACAACAAGUUAUACAGCCACGUCCAAAUGUACACCACAAUGUAUUGGUAUCGACAUACCCGAUCCACUCAACUCCACUCCACUCAUCUCAUCUCCACUCCAUCGUCUCGCCCCAACUACGAGGAUCGGCUUCUGUUCAAAUAUAUAUUUUAAUGAGUCCUUCCUGAACUAA